AUAGGAGUACUUAUCUUAAUAAAAAUUGUAUCCCCAUGAUACUCUCUCUUCCCAAUUCGUUAUCUUUUUUCUUAUUAUUUUACUACUUUCAGUACUAUCAAGUAACAAAUUCCCAAGCCUAUUGGUCCAUCAAUGCAUAACAUACGCAACAGGAUAACCACAUUCAGCUAAGGUUCUUCCCCAACAAAAUCAUUUAUAUCAUAUAUAUCGCACCAAAUCACCCAACAUUCUGUACUUCCAUGGAAUCAACCAUGAAGAUAACUUCAGCGCUCUCUCUGCUCCUCCUCCUCCUCCUCCUCCCAGUCUUAGCCUCUUGUGUUGAUCGACAGGUUUAUAUAGUGUACUUCGGCGAACACAGUGGACAGAAGACAUCGUACGAAAUUGAAGAAACCCACCAUUCAUAUCUGUCCUCCGUGAAAAAAUCCGAGGAAGAAGCCAAGGCUUCUCUUCUUUACAGCUACAAGAACAGCAUCAAUGGCUUCGCUGCAGUGCUCACCCCAGAUGAAGCUUCUAAACUCUCCAAAUUGGAGGAAGUCGUAUCAGUGUUCCGAAGCGAACCGACAAAAUACUCUUUGCAGACAACGAGGUCCUGGAAAUUCUUAGGUUUAGAAAAGCGUGGUGGAAAGAACCAUCAGAUGAAGAAAAGUAACUUACGAUUGGAGGCCAAAUAUGGGAAAGAAAUCAUAGUUGGACUCUUGGAUAACGGACUCUGGCCGGAGUCGGAGAGCUUCGGUGACGAGGGAAUGGGACCAAUUCCAAAAUCAUGGAAAGGAAUUUGCCAUACCGGAGAUGCUUUCAACUCAUCACACUGCAAUAAGAAAAUAAUUGGAGCUCGAUACUAUCUUAAAGGUUAUGAGUAUAAUUUUGGCUCUCUAAACACUUCACUUGACUACAAAUCUCCCCGUGAUAGUGAUGGCCAUGGCACCCACACAUCAUCAACUGUCGGAGGGCGAAGGGUUCCCAAUGCCUCGGCUCUUGGCGGGUUUGCUAGUGGUACCGCCUCAGGUGGCGCGCCACUCGUACGCCUAGCAAUGUACAAAGUGUGUUGGCCAGUGCCAGGCCACAGUAAAGCUGAAGGCAACACAUGCGCAGCCGAAGACAUGUUAGCGGCUAUUGAUGAUGCCAUCGGUGAUGGGGUGGACGUACUAAGCAUAUCAAUUGGUACAUUUGAACCAACCCCUUAUAUGAAUGAUGGCAUUGCAAUUGGAGCACUUCAUGCUAUCAAGAAAAACAUCGUUGUGUCUUGCAGUGCCGGGAACAAUGGCCCUAAAGCCUCAACCUUGUCUAGUCCUGCGCCAUGGAUCAUCACUGUCGGUGCUAGUAGCGUGGACCGUGAUUUUAUCACACAUGUGGGGCUUGGAAACCACACGAUAAUUAAGGGACAAUCAGUUACUCCAUACGAGAUGGAGAAGAAAUGGUACCCACUAGUUAAUGCAGCACAAGUAGCAGCUCCUGAAGUGCCCAAUGACAUUGCAGGGCAAUGCUUACCAGAAUCUCUUUCGCCUGAGAAAACGAAAGGGAAGAUUGUGUUGUGCUUCAGAGGGAAUGGAACUAGAAUUGGAAAAGGGCUGGAGGUGAGAAGGGCUGGUGGUGUUGGUUUUAUCUUAGGAAAUAGCCCAGUCAAUGGGGCUGAGUUAUUAGCCGAUGCUCAUUUUCUUCCCGCCAGUGCAGUGAGUUCAGAUGAUGCGAUCAAAAUUCUCGAAUACAUUAACUCUACUAAGAACCCGGUGGCUUAUAUUUUCCCAGGGAGGACAUUGCUGCGAAGAAAACCGGCACCAUCCAUGGCCGGGUUCACUAGUAGGGGUCCAAGCACAAUUACCCCUGAUAUUCUCAAGCCUGAUAUAACAGCUCCAGGGCUUAACAUACUGGCAGCAUGGAGUGAAGCAUCGUCGCCAUCAAAGCUGGAAACGGAUAAAAGAGUUGUUAAGUACAACAUUCUUUCAGGAACUUCUAUGUCUUGCCCUCAUGUAGCUGCCGCCGCCGCUCUUCUCAAAGCCAUACACCCAACGUGGAGCAGUGCUGCUAUACGAUCUGCUCUUAUGACCUCAGCUGGGCAGAUGAACAACAUGGGAAAACCAAUAACCGAUGCAUUUGGCAACUUAGCCGAUCCAUUCCAAUAUGGUUCCGGCCAUCUAAGGCCAACAAAAGCGGCGGAUCCCGGGCUGGUUUACGACGCCUCCUACACCGACUACCUUCUUUUCCUUUGCAGCAGCGGCGUGAAAAACUUCGACCCCUCGUUUAAGUGCCCGAAAAGGCCACCAAAAAUAAGCGAUCUCAACUAUCCAUCCCUCGCCAUCUCCAAGCUCAAUGGAACAGUGACAGUGAAGAGAACAGUCAAAAAUGUUGGCAGUGGCAACAGCAUAUAUUUUUGCAAAGUCAAGCAACCCAAUGGAUUCUCCGUUAAGGUUUUUCCACCAAUCUUGGUCUUCGAUCAUGUCGGCCAGAAGAAGAACUUCACCAUUACAGUGAAACCAGAAAUGGAAGCAUCGGCCACAAUUGGAAAGAACGAGUACGCAUUUGGAUGGUACACUUGGAUGGAUGGAGUCCAUUUUGUUCGUAGUCCCAUGGCAAUAUCUUUGGCUUAGGUUUACCUUCACCAUUAAUUAAUUAAUUAAUUUAUUAUUAUUAUUAUUAUUAUUUUUUUUUUUUGGGGGGGGGGGGGGCGUUGUCUUGAAAGUAUACAAUAGGGAGAUAGUUGAAGCAUUUUCUCUUUUUUGGAACUCGAAAAUAACAUUACAGGUAUCUUUUAUUC